AUGGCUCUAUCUUCUACGACCAUCUUCAACCAUAUUCCCACCCAAAACGACACCGUCUCCAUCACUGGGUCUCAACCCCAACCCCUACAUCUCCACCGUCCAUUCUCCACCAAUAAUAACUCAACCCUACGAUUCGCCAACUCCCUCUCCAACUUUUUCCACCUUCAAAUCCAAACUCCGCCCACAUCCGCCGUCGCCGGAGAAAAUCCCUCAAACUGGGAUUCUUUCCCGGAUGAGAAACACUCCACUCCGACCACUUCCCCAAAAGAGGUGAUCGCCCAAAAAUGGCGGGAAAUCCAUGGUUUCCACGGCGGUUGGGAGGAAGAGGAUGCUCUACUAAACCCUCUUCACCCUUGGUUGAGGCGAGAAAUCGUUAAGUACGGCGAGUUUGCUCAGGCCACUUACGACGCUUUCGAUUUCGAUUCGUUUUCUGAGUAUUGCGGGAGUUGUAGGUAUAAUGCACACCACCUGUUCGAUAAAUUGGGUUUGACCAAAAAUGGGUAUAAUGUUACUAAGUACAUUUACGCUAUGUCUUCGCACAUUGAUGUUCCCACUUGGCUACAGAGAUCCAAUUUGGUUGAUUCAACGUGGAGUAAGGACUCCAAUUGGAUGGGAUAUGUGGCGGUGAGCGAUGACGACGAGUCGCGAAGGAUUGGCCGGAGGGACAUUGUUGUGGCGUGGCGAGGAACGGUGGCGCCUUCCGAAUGGUACGAAGAUUUUAAGAGAAAAUUGGAGCCAAUUGGGAAUAGAGAAGCGAAAGUUGAACAUGGGUUUUUGAGCAUUUACUCUUCUAAGAGUGAAUCCACUAGGUACAAUAAGUCUAGUGCUUCGGAACAAGUAAUGAAAGAAGUGAAAAAGCUUGUUGAAAUGUAUAGACAAAAGGGUGAGGAAGUUAGUGUCACUAUAACUGGCCACAGCCUCGGGGGCGCUUUAGCUCUUCUAAACGCUUACGAGGCUGCAGCAGAGUGA